UCAAUGUCUGAUGAUGAAUUUCCCCACGAAUCAUUAUCACUCAAUUCUGCAAGUGGUUCUAAUUUACUAUCGCUGUUCUCUAGCUGGUCUAAAACCGCUUUUGACCUAAAGGGACGCUUUUUGGACGCCAUGGACAUUUCUCAGUUUCCAGGCAGAAAGAAUAGUAAAAAUGCAGGCAGGGCACAGGACAAAGCACUAGGGACAAAAUGUAUGUGAAAUGGUUUGAUACAGUAAUGUUUUACUAUGUGAUUUUAGUGUAUUUAAUGAAUGUCACUUUUUGUCAUUUUCAAAUUUCCCGCCAGUUCCAUCCCUGUACAUCCCGAUGCUCGCAGGGGACGGAACCCAGAUGACAGAUGUUGGCAUCCGCUGGAAGACAUUACAGGGGACACUGCAGGAGGGACA